AUGAACCCCAUGAAGGCAGCACAUCGGAAGCAACUAGAUUUGAUGGUAGCCUUGUGCUUAGUUUUAAACAUGGUCUUGGUCGAGAUCCCUCAAGCUCAGGCUCAAGCUCAAGCUCGAAGAAACGCCACCACUGAUCCUUUUGAAGCGAGAGCUAUAAAUUCCAUGUUCGAGCGAUGGGGGAUUUCGGCAAACGAUCAGUGGAACAUUAGCGGUGAAUUAUGCAGCGGCGUUGCAAUUGAUGACGGCGUCCCCAUCCAGAACUUCAAUCCGGGGAUCAAAUGUGACUGCUCCUACAAUAAUGCCACCACUUGCCGCAUUAUUGGGCUGAGAGUAUAUGCAUUGGAUGUUGUGAGUCCACUACCGGAUGAGCUCUGGAAUUUAACCUUCCUCACCGAUGUAAAUUUGGCGCAAAAUUAUUUGACAGGUCCCCUGCCUCCAUCCAUAGGCGACCUCACUCGUAUGCAAUAUCUGAGUUUUGGAAUUAAUGCUUUAUCGGGGGAGCUUCCGAAGGAACUUGGCAAGCUGACUGAGUUAAGAAAUCUGGCUAUUGGCACAAACAACUUUUCUGGUCCUUUACCAUCUGAGCUUGGACAGCUUACAAAUUUAAGAGAAUUUUACUUUGAUAGCUCUGGAGUUAGUGGUCCGAUACCUUCUACAUUUGCUGAUCUGCAGAACUUGGAGAUUGUGUUUGCUUCGGACAAUGAACUCACGGGCCUGAUUCCGAACUUCAUCGGGGGAUGGUCGAAGCUUACUUUCCUAAGGCUGGAAGGAAACUCAUUUGAGGGUCCAAUACCAUCAACAUUUGCUAAUUUAACUUCUUUGAAUGACUUGAGAAUAUGUGAUCUAUCUAAUGGAAGCUCUCCACUGGACUUCCUCAGAGAGAUGACGUCUCUGAGCACACUGGCUAUUGGCACAAACAACUUUUCUGGUCCUUUACCAUCUGAGCUUGGACAGCUUACAAAUUUAAGAGAAUUUUACUUUGAUAGCUCUGGAGUAAGUGGUCCGAUACCUUCUACAUUUGCUGAUCUGCAGAACUUGGAGAUUGUGUUUGCUUCGGACAAUGAACUCACGGGCCUGAUUCCGAACUUCAUUGGGGGAUGGUCGAAGCUUACUUUCCUAAGGCUUGAAGGAAACUCAUUUGAGGGUCCAAUACCAUCAACAUUUGCUAAUUUAACUUCUUUGAAUGACUUGAGAAUAUGUGAUCUAUCUAAUGGAAGCUCUCCACUGGACUUCCUCAGAGAGAUGAAGUCUCUGAGCACACUAAUUUUGCGGAAUAAUAACAUUUCUGGGUCCCUACCUUUGAAUUUUGAAGAUUACCGGAGAUUGUCACUAUUGGACUUGAGCUUCAACAAUUUCAGUGGAAGGAUUCCAGAUUCACUGUUCAAUCUGACUUCACUCACUCACUUGUUUCUUGGAAAUAACAGGUUGACUGGUGUCCUGCCAGCCCAAAAGACUUCACUUCUCCUGAAUAUAGAUUUGUCAUACAACGAAUUAUCUGGGAACCUCCCUUCUUGGGUGAACCAGCAAAAUAUUCAACUUAAUUUGGUCGCCAACAACUUCGUCUUGCAAGGUUCUAACAGCAGUGCUAUGCCUUCAGGAUUAAAUUGUCUUCAAAGAAAUUUCUCUUGCAAUCGAGGAGACCCCCAGUAUUCCAGCUUUGCAAUUAAAUGUGGUGGUCCACAAAUGAGAUCUGCUGCGGGGAUUGUGCACGAGGCAGACAAUGAGACUCUUGGGCCAGCAACAUAUUAUGUGACCAGGGAACGCAGAUGGGCAGUUAGUAAUGUUGGUCUGCCUUCUGGAAGCACCAAUCCACGAUAUACAACGAACUUUGUUGCUAUUUUCCCAAAUAUAAGGGACCCAGAGCUGUUCCAGAGUGCACGGAUAUCUGCUGGAUCACUAAGAUACUAUGGCUUGGGCCUGGAGAAUGGAAAUUACAAUGUGUCCCUCCAGUUUGGAGAGACAGAAAUUCAAAAUCCUACAUCCUGGAGGAGUCUUGGAAGGCGCAUUUUCAACAUAUAUAUUCAGGAUAAUCUAGUAUGGAAAGAUUUCGACAUAAGAAAAGAGGCUGGCGGGGCCUCUUUUAGAGCUGUGGUGAAGGAAUUUAAAGCCCAGGUGACGGGAAAUUACCUUGAGAUUCAUCUCAUUUGGGCUGGAAAGGGGACAUGCUGCGUACCUGCUCAAGGUGUAUAUGGACCCUCCAUUUCAGCAAUAAGUGUCAUCCCAGAUUUCAUUCCCACUGUAAGUAACAAUCCUCCGAAUGAUCUCACGAGUAGGAAGAACAGAACUGGUCUGAUUGUGGGAAUUGUUGUCGCUGUUGGAGCUGUUAGCUCUCUUUCCUUAUUCACCAUAUAUUAUUUGGCUCAGAGAAGAAAAAGGCAGAAGAGAUAUGAAGAUGAAGAGUUCUUGGGAAUGGAUGCCAGACCAUACACUUUUAGUUAUGUGGAACUACGAGCGGCAACAGAUGACUUCAGUUUGUCUAAUAAACUUGGCGAGGGAGGAUUUGGGACUGUUUACAAGGGAACACUUGCGGAUGGAAGAAUUGUUGCUGUUAAGCAACUGAGUCUUGAUCAAGCAUUAUUUGGAGGAAACGGAAACUUAUGCUUGGAUUGGCCAACACGUUUUGACAUAUGCUUGGGGGUAGCAAGAGACUUUGGCUUAGCCAAGUUGUAUGAUGACAAAAAGACUCAUAUAAGCACCCGUGUUGCAGGCACGAUUGGAUAUCUUGCGCCGGAAUAUGCCAUGCGUGGUCACCUCACGGAGAAGGCUGAUGUAUUUGGAUUUGGAGUCGUAGCCCUGGAGAUCGUCAGUGGAAGAGCAAAUUCUGACUCACGUUUGGAAGAAGAUCGGAUAUAUCUUCUCGAAUGGGCCUGGCACCUGCAUGAAAGUAACCGGGGAAUGGAAUUGGUGGACACAAAUUUAUCUGCAUUCAACGAGGAUGAGGUGAAAAGAGUGAUAGGUGUUGCGCUUCUAUGCAGUCAAACAUCCCCAACCCAAAGGCCUUCAAUGUCUCGUGUGGUGGCAAUGCUUUGUGGAGACGCCGAGAUCUCAACUGUCACUUCAAGGCCCGUAUACCUGACUGACUGGAAUUUUAGCGAUGUUACCACAUUUACGACUAACGAUGCCUUAACUGCAGGAGCUGGUUAUACUAAUUAUAAUUCAUCAACGAGUACAGGUAACACUACGGAUCUAUAUAUUUCUCCAGCUAAUGCUGAGAAACCCAUGCUUGAUGAUGGUUUUGAAUAG